AUGCAAAAUGCCAUUAAGAAAGCAAGUAGUAUAUUCAAAGGUGAUGAACGGGUCACCACCUUCUUAUCAAAAUGUAUGAAUAACUAUGAAGAGGAGGAUGAGUUCCUAGUUGUGUGGGAAGCAAUGCUUAAUGAAUACAGUGCACAUGAAAAUCCUUGGUUGAGUAGUAUAUUUCGAUUAAAGGAGAAAUGGGCAAAACCAUAUGUCAAGUGGGCAUGGUCUGCUGGAAUGCAUACCACCCAAUUAAGUGAGAGUUUCAAUGCUAGCCUAAAACCAUAUGUUAAGUCAGACUAUGAUGUGGUUCAGUUUUUCAAGCACUUUGACAGAUUGCUCAAUGAUAAGCGGUAUAAAGAGUUAGAGGCAAAGUAUGCUUUGUGCUACAAGUUACCUGUUAUUGGGAUAUUUUCUUCAAUGGUGAUCAAGGCUGGAAAUAUUUACACUAAAGCUCUGUUUGAAGAAUUCCAUAUUCAGUAUGAGAAGGCUCUUGAUUACAACUUAGUUGGAUGUAUUCAAGAUGGUGAUGACAUUUUGUAUAAAGUUGCCUUUAAUGUUCAUCCAAAGGAGAGAUGUGUUAGGGUGAAGAAAGACCAGUCCGUGUCAUGUAGUUGCAAGUUAUUUGAGAUUGAAGGUAUUUUGUGCCGCCAUGCAAUAAAAAUCCUUACUAACUACAUGAAUGUCAAAGAAAUUCAUGAUCAGUAUAUUCUAAAAACAUGGACAAGAAAAGCAAGAUCUGAAAGAGUGAAAGACAUGUAUGACCAAGACAUCCAUGUAGAUACCAACCUACAACAAACAUCUUGGUACAAGUCUCUAAGUUCCAUAUCCACCAAGAUUUCAUCUCGGGCCGCUGAGAGAGAAGAGACAUAUAAGUUUGUUGUUCAUCAUUUGGGGGAACUAAGCAAAGCUAUUGAAGACAUGUUAUGUUCAAAAAUGGAUACAUUACAUCUUGGUAAGGAUGAUCAGAUUACAGAAUCGUGUACUGUGAUUAAGGGUAUUAAUAUAGCCAAAAGUAACUCGGAUAAGGAAAAAGUUGUUCAAGCCAAGGGAUUCAAGAAAAGGGAGAGUGCUCGAGGAAGAAAAAGAAGAAUUAUAGGUGAUUUUGAAAAAAGUUUGGCCAAGAAUCGAAAAGGGAGUACUCUUGAGCGAGAAAAGUCAUCUAGUAAUGAUUCAACCAAGGUCCCAUCUCUAAUGCUCCUUGAUUUUAGUAGUGACGUCAAAAUAUAA